AUGUCAACAAGUGAUUACACAAAUCUUAUUCCCGCAUCCUUCAAGUAUGAUAUUAUUUCUUGGAUUAAAGAAGAUGUACCAUCCUUUGAUUAUGGAGGAUUUGUUGUUGGAGAAACUCCGGAAGUUGCGAUAUUAUAUGGGAAAUCACCUGGAGUUCUUGCCGGUGUACCAUUUUUCGAUGAAGUUUUCAAUCAAUUGGACUGCAGAGUUGAGUGGUUUUUGAAAGAAGGCGACUAUUUUGAACCAAUAAAAGAAAUUGCUAAAGUUAAAGGAAAAGCUUGUAAUAUUCUCUUGGGUGAACGUACUGCUCUCAAUAUCAUCGCACGUUGUAGUGGAAUAGCAACUAGGGAGAAAUGUAUAGACCUUAAAAAGGUGCAUAACUUUAAAGGCAUAAUUGCAGGAACGCGAAAAACGACACCGGGAUUUCGUCUUGUUGAGAAAUAUGGGAUGCUUAUCGGAGGAGCCGAUACUCAUCGUAUGAAUCUCUCUUCAAUGGUAAUGCUAAAAGACAAUCAUAUCUGGAGUCAAGGGUCAAUAACAAAGGCAAUCGAACGUGCUAGAAAUGUUGGUGGGUUUUCACUAAAGAUAGACGUUGAAUGUCGGACCGAAGCAGAAGCCGAUGAAGCAAUUCAAGCAGGAGCAGAUGUGAUUAUGCUUGACAAUUUUGAAAGCAAAAAUUUAAAAUCUUGUGCAAAAUCUUUAAAACAAAAAUGGACGGAUAAAAAAUUUUUACUCGAAUCUAGUGGUGGAAUUACAGAAGAAAAUAUUACCGAAUUUUUUUGUCCCG